AUGGAUGGACCCAUGGAUUGACCGUUGAUGAUUAAUUGUCAUAGAUCCAUGCAUAGAAACUUUUGCUUGUGUCGGCCUUCAAACGAUAAAGUCAGUGUAAACUAUGCAUCUGUUGUCUGAUCAUUGUCUGAAAUUGGUGAAUCAAUUUAGGUCAAUUGACAGAUAAAUCCUGUUUUCGAUAACACUUAGCAAUGAGUUAUGGAUAAGGAUAAUGUAUGCGAAAGGAUCGAUUAAAACUACCUGACCACAGAAUUUACUGACAGUGCUUCAGAGAAAUGAUGGAGACCGCAUGGGUAGUGCUCUUACUGUGCCUUGCAGUCGGCGCUGAAGCUGACAACGCUUGCCUGAACGUCCCGGAGAGUAGUAGGAGGGACUGUCAGCCAGGAUUUAUGACCGCAAACCCUGAAAUCAACAAGCAGGAUUGUGCGAGCCGGCGGUGCCACUGGUGCGAGUCUAGGAGUCCGGGAGUCCCGUGGUGUUUCCUACCACUGGAAGAUCAAUGCCCGUUGCUCCCGGCUGAGCGCAAGGACUGCCUCGCGGGCCGGAUCGCCACAAAGGAGCUAUGUCAGAAUAAGCUUUGCACAUGGUGCCCAAGCAUCUUAGCCAACACCCCUUGGUGUUACUCCUCGGUUCUCCCUGGCGGGGAAUACUGUCCCUCUGAGAUCCAGGAGCAGGAUAGGGUCGAGUGCUUCCCGAUACACCAAAACCCUUCAAAGGACGGCUGCGUUGCACGGGGUUGUUUCUACUGCCCGACUUCGAGACCCAACACGCCCUGGUGCUUCUUGGACUCCCGAGGAUGGCCAAGCCAAAUCAUUCCUGAGGUGGAGCGGAUUGACUGCAUGAGGAACGUCUCGUCCGCAGGUGGUGACGUGGUUCCCUCAGACUGCACCAUCAAAGGUUGCAGAUACCGGCAAAAUUCCAUUGGAGCACCAUGGUGCUACAUCCCACGUGAACAAGGCUACGUCAUGACUAAGCAGCCACUCAGCGUCGAGAGAGGCUGGAGGAUCCACCUGAGGAGGAAUUCGACCAUGACCCUGUAUGGUGACGUCAUGUACGAUGUUGUUGUUGAUGUAGAGUUCCAGACGGAUGAAAGACUUCGUGUCAAGAUAUCGGACCCUCACCGAUCGCGCUUUGAAGUACCACUGCCAAUCAACCGUGAGAAUCUGGGCCAGCCGAUCAACCCCCUCUACGAUAUUACCUUCAGCAACGAGCCUGCGUUCUCAUUCAAGGUCACGAGGAAAAGUACGGGGACUGUCGUAUUCGACACGUCUAUUGGCGGGCUGGUUCUCGAAGACCAGUUUUUGCAAAUUGCCACGAGGUUGCCAAGCUGGAAUGUAUAUGGCUUCGGCGAGCAUCAGCACACCAGUUUCCGACAUGACCUGAACUGGAAGACAUGGGGAAUGUUCUCACGUGACCAGCCUCCUUCGGACAAUGGCAAUCUUUACGGUGUCCAGCCCUACUACACCGUCCUUGAGAAUGAUGGCAACGCCCACAGUGUGCUCUUCUUGAACUCCGCAGCACAGGAUGUAACGUUGAUGCCAGCCCCGGCGCUUUCCUACAGAACCAUUGGCGGCAUUCUAGAUCUGUAUAUCUUCAUGGGACCCACGCCCGAGAAUGUGGUCCAACAGUUCACGCAGGCUGUUGGUCGCCCCUUUAUGCCGCCCUACUGGUCGCUGGGUUUCUCCCUGGCAAAGUUCGGUUACCACACCCUCGACAACAUGAAGAAGACCAUCGACAAGAUGCGGGAGUACGAUAUACCGCACGACUACCAAUUUGGAGACAUCGACUACAUGGACCGAAACCUGGAUUUCACUUAUUCUCACGAUCGGUGGGCGGGGCUCCCUUCAUAUGUCAAUCAACUCAAGGAGAAUGGCACAAGGUUCAUCAUCAUAUUGGACCCUGCGAUUGCAAAUGGCAUCCCCAAUUACCGACCGUUUGAACUUGGACAGCAGCAAGACGUGUGGGUGAAAUAUGCUGAUGGGAAGACACCAGUCGAGGGCAAGGUUUGGCCACCAACGCCAGUUUACUACCCAGACUAUACCAAGCCAAUUACGACUGACUGGUGGGUGACGCUGUGCAGGGAGUUUCAUAACGUGAUAGAUUUCGACGGACUCUGGAUUGAUAUGAACGAACCGUCCAACUUCGUCUGGGGCAGCACAACUGGCUGUUCUGAUAACAAGAUCAAUCAUCCGCCAUAUUGGCCGAACAUCUGGGGUCCGAAGCUCUACUACAAGACAUUAUGCCCGGAUCACAAGCACUUCAUAGGCAACCACAAUGAAGUCCACAGUUUGUACGGGUGGAGCCAGGCGGAGCCCACUAUGAAGGCUGCCCGGGCAGCAACAGGCAAGCGCAGUAUUGUACUCUCUCGAUCGAUGUUCCCAGGGGCCGGGAAAUUUGCCGCCCACUGGCUGGGAGAUAACUGGAGUUACUGGUCAAACAUAAAAUACUCGAUAACAGGUCUUUUUGAAGCCAACAUGUUCGGUAUUCCAUUUGUCGGAGCUGAUAUCUGCGGCUUCAUCAGAAACGCUGACUAUGAGAUGUGCCUGCGAUGGCAGCAGAUCGGAGCAUUCUACCCUUUCUCAAGGAAUCACAACUUGGGUUACGAAAACAGGGAUCAAGAACCGACUGUUUGGGGAGACGACUUCGCCCGAAUCUCAAGAGACAAACUCCAUAUUAGAUAUACCCUUCUACCAUACCUCUACACCCUUUUCCAUUACGCACAUACUGUUGGCUCAACGGUGGUGAGACCUUUCCUGAAUGAGUUCCCUCUCGACCCAGCCACUCACACCAUCGAUAGGCAAUUCCUCUGGGGCCCCUCGUUCCUGAUAUCACCAGUUCUUGAUUACGGUGCUCGAUCUGUCAACGCCUACUUUCCUGAUGCGAGGUGGUACAGUUACUAUGAUGGUAAAGAAGUGACUGUAAGGAAGCAAUGGCAGCAGCAGAAUGCCCCUCUAGACUUCAUCCCCCUGCACGUGCGAGGAGGCUACAUCAUCCCGACCCAGCUUCCGAGCAGAUCAACCAAAUAUAGCCGAUCAAACCCAAUGGGAUUGAUUGUUGCCAUUGACGACAACGGAAAAGCUAAAGGCGACCUCUUUUGGGACGAUGGAGAGACCAUUGAUAGUUUUGAAAAUGGCGCCUACUUUUUGGCUCAAUUCAGCUACGAUAGAGGCUCAUUGAGGAGUACGAUCGUACAUUCAAACUAUGAUGGCGCGAAAACACUCAAAAUGAACAGUAUGAGAAUAAUGGGUGUUGCCAGCACCACCUGGGUCAAAGUAAAUGAUAAUAACCAUGGCGACUUCACCUUUAACUCGAAUACAAAGGAACUGUCGAUUAACAACAUUGGAGCUAACAUGGGUGUUGACUUCUCAAUCACGCAUGGUUAACUUACGGUGGAUAUCUCCCUUUGAUGAAUAACAGAAUAUGCUGCACCAUUAUCAGAUUUUCAGUAUCACAUACUAAUGUUGAUUAAUAACGUGUAUCAUCUCUGAGUUGUAAAAACGA